AUGGCCGCACAGAUCAAAGUUAUUCGUCAAGUUCCGAAGAUUCCUGGAAAGGUCAUCUUCGGACCAGGAGCGUACACAGAUCUUUUAGCAUCAGUAGAGUGGCUCACAAAGAGGUGCGAUGAGCUUGUACAAUGGUACACAGAGACCAAUCCGGAAUCGGCAAGAGAAGCCAAGGACGCAGCAUCAGUUCUGCCCGGGGGUAAUACCCGCACGGUUCUGCAUCAAUUGCCAUUUUCGAUGGCAUUGGAAUCUGGCAAAGGUACACUAGUCACAUCGAAAGAUGGUGUAGAAUAUCUUGGAUUUGUCUCUGAAUAUUCUGCUGGCAUGUAUGGGCAUUCGCAUCCACAGAUUCACAAGGCUGUUCAUGAGGCACUGGAUAUCGGCAUCAACCUGGGUAGCGUGAUUGGAAAGGAAACGGAAUUUGCAAAUUUAAUCAAAGAACGAUUUCCGAGUAUGGAAUUGAUGAGGUUCACUAACUCUGGAACUGAGGCCAAUACGAUGGCAAUUGCUGCAGCGAUAGGCUACACAAAACAAGAGCAUAUCCUGGUAUUCAAAAAUGGCUACCAUGGUAGUACUCUCACUUUCGGAGAAAACAAGCCCGUCACAAAUCUCCCACACAAAUUCAUUGUUGGCACUUACAAUGAUAUUGAAGCCACUCGACGACUUCUUCGCUUCGGAAUUGCUGCGAUUCUCGUUGAGCCACUGCAAAGUGCAGGUGGAAUCAUUCCAGCAACAGGCGAAUUCCUAAAAUUCUUGCGAGAUGCUGCAACUACUCUGAACGCCGUGCUCAUCUUCGAUGAAAUUGUUACGUCCCGACUAGACUUUUAUGGGCUCCAGGGCUAUCAUUCCAUCAAACCGGAUAUGACAACGCUGGGAAAGUACAUUGGCGGUGGCUUCUCAUUUGGUUGUUUCGGUGGCCGGAAAGAGAUCAUGCAACAAUUUGAUCCUACUCGCUCGGCAGGUCACCUCGCUCACUCCGGAACAUUUAACAACAAUGUCUUCACCAUGACUGCGGGUAUUGCUGGCUUGAAACUGACUCUUCCUGGAGAAAUCUCCCGCAUCAAUGCACUUGGAGAUCGUAUUCGGGAGAGCAUCAAUGAGCUAGCUGAGCAGCAUGGCCUGAAGGAUGAGGUGAAGGCAGUUGGAUUUGGCAGCAUGGUAGGCGUUCAUUUUCAAAAUCGAGGCGGGCAGUUACUCAGGGAUGUCUUCUAUUUUGAAUUGCUCAAAAGACAAGUUGUCAUUGGUCGACGUGGCUUCAUAGCCCUUAACCUCAUGCAUACCGAGGCCCACGUGAAUCAGUUUGUCAAUGUGGCUAGCGAUAGUUUGGGCCUUCUUGGUCGAAACUUGAAGGAAAUCACGUUAGACGUUCCACAUCAAUAG